AUGAGUUUUCGUCUAGGAGCAAGGUCGUGGGCACUUCGUCCAUCAAACGUACUCUUAAAAGCUACGUCUACAAACUCCAUCAAGCAAUUGAACUUGAUAAGGCAAAACUCAACCAAGGCAACAAUAUACGACCAAGUCACGGGCAAGACGAUAGUGCUUACCGACCCUGAACACCCUGAAUUGGCUGACUACAAAAACCCUCCUCCUGUCUUGGCCCAAAAGAAGGACCCCUAUGUGAAAUAUGAUGACCAGCAAAACAGAAGAAACUUGAACGAUCCAGUAAACAUUGAUGAAGAUCUUUACGACAUCUGGUCUCCUGACUAUUACGAUUUUGUGUCCGACUCAACUGCAUUGAAACAUAACGGUAUAUUUUUCGGUCUACUCUUUGGAAUUGCUGGUGUUGUUGCCUACUUCCAAUUGAACCCAGAAAAGCCGGCUAUGAUUAGGUCAUUUCCAUAUAAUGGAUUAGCUGAUGCUUUAGGUGCGACAUCAAAGGAAAACGCUUCCUUCUAUCAAAAUAAACCAGAUCUUGAUGCCGAAAAAGAAUGUGGUGUUUUACCAGAGGAGUCGGACGUUGCUUCGAAUAGAGACUCUUAUGAAAAGAGCAAUGCUUCUUUUAUCAACGCUUAG